CACAAUCCAGUAGGACUUGGGCAUAAUAGCGAGCUAGUUGGGCAGUUCACUUAGUAGGCCACUUAUAUAACUAAAAACUAAGCACACUUGUAACGAAAACCGUAGGAACACACAAAAAACCAAAAAAGAUAUUAGACGGAAUUUAAACACGACAUAAGUUCAAAAUGCCCUCGGCAAAGGAAAAUCGAUUGCGGAGGGAAAGAAUCCUGCAGUUCAUACGCGAAAACAGGGAGCUCAUGCCCAUUAGUUCGACGACAGUACUAAAGCCACCUUCGGUAAAAAAAGAUGACACUUUGAGGCAAAAAAAACGCGUCACAUUUACCCAUGGCAAACAGCGGAGUAUUGGGGAUUCGGCCAAAAUCAAGGAAAAGGAGCCCUAUAUUGGGCGGGGCCUGACAUCUUGUUUGAUUACCAGGUCCUCGGAUACCCGAUUAUCGAGCGGAGCCAACAACCCAGCAGAGAGUACAGAUAGCAAAUGCCCAGAUCCACGAUUGGCGGCCGGUGCCAAUAAUCCAGCGGCGCGGAAUGCUGGUAAAUUACCGAGGACCGACAGCGAGUGCCAGUUCAAGGAGCCCGGAAUAUUUUUCCUGCAAAAACCCCAUUCAGAUUUCGCCACUCAGGAAGUCAAGCUGAACUCGAAGCCACUAAGAAAGGAGUUGAAGAACAAGUGCGACUUCUUCCCGAAAUAUGUGGACGACCGACCCUUCAAGGAUGAGGCCACACAAACCCUCUAUAGGGAAUCCUCUGCGCAGACUUUGGCCUUCUUACCCGAAAUUCUGAACCAAGACAAAUCGAAAACGCUGGAGCUCUAUGCUCUGGCCAAGCUGCUGCCAGGCGACAAGCCACCAGGAUUGCAUGAAGUGGAGUUUCUCGAGCGGGCCCGCAAGCGCUGGAAAUUCAGUGAGGCACUGAGGGAUAACUUCAAGAGACUUCUGCGUGAGGCGAGGAAAGUGUCUAUAAAAACGCAGUACAAGGAGAUCUUGGAAGCCUUCGAAUGGGAGCAGUGGAUCCAGCGGGAGGAGGACAUACAGGAGUGCCAGAUGAUGCGGCUGGAAAUCGUGAUCAAGAUGUUUGACAAAAGGGAGAAGGCAAUGCACACCGCCUCCAAGACGCGAAUCGAAAAGUCCGUGGAACAAAUCGAAAAGCGACGGCAGGCUGGUCUGCGCAAGAACGAAAUUGAGUACCAGCGGGGAGUGCGGCGCAACUACAUUCAGUUGGCCAAAACCGCUCGGAAGUGGGAGAAGCAGAGCCCCAUGCAGGCGCUUGGAUCCCCAUGCUCCGAGUUCUACGGCCCCCUGAUAAGGCAUGGAGUUGAUCCAGCCAGACGAUGCUUUGAGUCCAACACUGGACGCAAAGCAUUUGACAUGCGGAUCGAUGAGCUGGAGAAGCGGGUGAACAUGCGCAAUGUGCAGUGCCCCUUCAGCAAGCUGAAGGAGUGGUCCAAGCCCAAGGAGUACGAUAGAGAGUAUGAGCGCAACUUCUGCAAUGACGGCAAUCUGCAGCGGCUGUACGAGUCCUUGAAGACCUUGCGAACGCAGGCUGACUUGGCCAAGGAACCACCGCAUUGCCUGAAAACACGACUGCGAAUUGAGCGUCGAACUUCUAGUAAUAGCUCCAGCGAUUCCUAUCGCAACUACAAUUGGCAGGCUCGCAAAUCUCGGUUUGUGGAACUGCCCGAUGGGCUGCGUAACUCGAAGAAAGACAAAAAACUGGCGCCACCAAAGACUGAGAAGUCCGUGAGGAACUCGGUCAUUAGGCGGGAGGAUUUGGAGACACUGAUAUGCUCAUACGAAGGCAGUUACAUUGGCACGAUAAUGCAGUUCCUCGCGGAUGAAAUGCAUCGGUUGAGGGAGCAGCGCAAGCUGCACUUCUUCUGCAUUCUGGCCCAAAAGGAACGCUGGCGCCGUGAGGCAGCCGAGGCGGGAUUGAGGCAGAAGGAGAACUGCAUGAGGUUGCUCUACGAGGAGAUGUUCCAGCAUACGAAUGCAAUCCACGGUGAGAUUGCUGAGCAAUAUGCCGACACCAUACUGACCACCGAUGUGGGUAAUAUGGUGCAGGAGGAGACUGCGGAAACGAUUACCGAGCUGGCCAAGCAAAUUGAUGCCGACAUCGAGAGGUGGCUGGAGUCCUUCAAACUGAUCCAGAAUCCACUCAAUUUCACCCCACUGCGCCUGAUGCUGCAGGACAUGGUGUCUCCGGAUAUGGGCGCCACGCUGCGGCGCUACGAGACUUCCAUGAUUGUCCAGUACAUUGUGGAGGACGUGAUCUUCUUCAAUUUGUGGCAGGAACUCGAGCCAUUCGAUAUUGCCAGCACUUUGACCAGCGAUCUGAUUGAUCGCCUUAUUGACAACGAUCUGUUCUUGUUCUCAUCGGACAGCGAAAGCGAUGGUGGACACGGAGACUCCUGGACAGAGUCCCAUGCCAUCAUACGAAAGCUCAUUCGCCAAGCCGUUCCGGGCAGACGCUGGAAGGAGGAAAACGAGAGGAUUGCCAGCGAAACCUUCAACAGCCUAUUUGACGAGGUGUUUGCCAAUAUUCUGUUUGAAAUCGAAAAUCCGGAACCAGUUCGGGGCACCGAUCUUCUGCAGCUUUGUGCAAGUAAAUCAUAUGCUUUAUUUGCCCACGAGAUUCCGAAUAGACUGCCCUUGGAGCAUUUGGAGUCGUCUCAAUCGGACGCAUUGGAAAAUACUAAUCUGCUGCGCAUGCAAUUUCUAUCACUAAUUAAAAAAAUUAAAGAAGAUAAGAUAACCAAAGCGUUGGAGAGGACUGAUCAGAAAGUGAAGUUGGCCGAAAAUGAUGACGAACUAUUUGACGACUAUAUAAAAAACGAAGUGAUCCAAGCCUCGAAAUUCCUUAAUUCUCCAUCUCCAGUGCGCGAGCCCGACAUAUUUUCCAUUGCAAGUGUUGUUGAUCUCGCCGAGUACGACCAAAAUCUAGACGAUCUGCGCGGAUCUUCGACUUUACAGGUUGCACCUUCAGCAGAUGAGAAUGAGAGCGAGAGUAGAGACGAAGAAGUUAAGGCUAUCAAUUUGGAACAAGAAAAUGAAUAUCCCGAAUUGGAGCAGGGACAAGUAGAAGCUGAAGAACUGGAACAAGAGGAGGUGACUGGUAAAUCCUUAAGCGAAUAUGAUGACUUAGAAACCAUAAAUGACAAUGAAUAUGAGGAAGAGCAUACCGACACUGGAGGAGAGGUAAUUGUCUACUCCACCAAGGAAUCGCAGGUCUUCAAAUUCAGAUAAAUGUUCAAAUUCCAGAUUUCAAUUUCCGUUACUUUCAUACGCAUACAUAAAAAAAAUUUACGAAUACA